GUAGUCAUUGGUAAAGCCAAAGACAAGUUUACUAUCAUUAUGUUUUUUUUUUUUUGACAAAAUCUUCAUAAAAAUAAAUAAAUUAAAAUCAUAACUUAUUUUAUAACUAAACAAAUUCACAAAUUCAGGUCAUAUUGUCUUAAAAAAAAAAAAAUUCAUGUCAUAUUAAUUUUUUUUUUUUUGACGGAAUUAAAAUAACUUUUUUUAAAUAACCCCCAAUCCUCCAAAAAAUUAGGGUAUUGAAUAACCCCCAGAUUAGGGUUCCAAAUAACCCCAAUCCACUAAAUUCCGGUGGGAGAAGAAGAUCAACAACAACAACAAUGUCUCCGGCCAAACGCGUCCACGAAGAAGGUGCUGACGAAAAUGAAAUCGUGAAGGUUGAUGAUGGCAAACGCUCGAAGGUCGAAAGUUGUUCAAUCUUGGAUUUUGAAGAGGAUGACGAUCCCAAUGAACCGGAGCAAGACUUAUCUCUCUUUCCCUCCUUCAUCACGUCUGAUGAUUACACUGGCGGUGCAUUUACUCUUUGUGAUUUUUCUGACGAGGAGUCUGGUCAUCAUCAUCAUGAUAAUUUAGAUUACGAGGAUGAUGGUUCACUAACACUUAUUCCGGGUAUGGUUGUACCUCCCUUUCUGUUUGAUUUUACCAAGAAUGAACUUGCUAACUCCGAUGAUAAAACUGUUCUGGCAACCUUCCUCUCGCGUGAAAUAAGGGAGCACUCUCAUUUGCAUGAUCUUUUCACGCCUAUUGGUGCUGUGCACCGUGCCAAGCUUGCUAUUGCUCCAACUGGCACUCCUGGGGGAUAUGGCUUUGUUACCUUUGUCACUAAGGAAGAUGCUGAGAAGGCUAUUAAAGAACUCAAUGGCCAUGUGCAUGGCUGGGACGGACGCACCUUGAAAGUUGAUUGGGCCGACCCCAAGAAAAGGCUAAGCCCCCCUUCAGAUUCUUCAGAUGAUUCUUCAGAUGAAUCUUUCUGAAGGUCUUUUAAUAUUUGUAAUAAUCCGAGUUUUAUUGUUCAAGGUCUUUUAAUAUUUGUAUAAUCUGAAUUCUGGACCAUAUGUAUCUGUGUGUUUAUUUAAAUGAUUGUUGUUGUUUUCUGACAAUUCUUUUUGGUUGCAUAGUUAUCUAAUAGAUGUGAACCGUCAUCUAGGUAUCGGCUUGCACUUAAUAUGAAUUUAUCAUUUUCUAUAU